GCAGUUAAAGCACAUUUCGGCGAUCAACAAACCGAAAGCAACAUGAAAACCAUCCUCUUUCUACUGGUCGUUGUUGGAAUUGCAGUCGUAGCAAACAGCGAAGCAUCUGAGAAAGGAAUAAAGAAAGAUGUUUCAUUUGAUAAAGGCAAGAAAGGGUCUGUCGACGGUGUGAGAGGUGGACAAAAUGUGAAGGACAAAUUUAAUUUUAAAAAGGAUUCAAGUCGAAUUUUCUUUCCUGGAAUGCCUUCAAGUAACCCCAAUUUAGUCACACUUCUUGGGAUACUAAACAAUUUGAACUUGGAUAUUGAAGGAUUUUUAGAAUGUAUCUUAGGCAAGCUUAUGAUAAAUUUGGACCAAUGCCAUCUUCAACUCGGUAGCAUCUAUUUAAGAGGCGAUACCCAAGACAGAUUUGGUCGCAAGGACAGAUGCGAUAAUUGUGGUACAAACUCAAGUGACCCAUUGGCAUCGAUGAACGAGCUCUGUCCGACACUUAAUAAUAUUACUAGUUAUUUGGGUUGCAUCCUCGAUCAGCUUCAUAACUUAGAUUGCUUGGAUUACAUUGACGGAUGUCUUACGAAACUUCUGGAGUGUCUCAGUAUAUAUCUUAAUUUACUUUUUAGUAACGAAAUAGAUUGUGACGAUUUAUUAGACUUUCUUGAAUAUGUCUUAAAAGUUGUUGGAGGAAUUUUAGAUACUUUAUUAGACGGUUCGUUUGGAACAACAACUCCAGAAGUUCCAGAUUUCUGCUUAGCAUUAGGCCUAAAGCGUAAGAUAUAAUCAACGAUUGAUAUAAGUAAUAUUCUGAUAAAUAAUACAAAAUAUUAAAUACGUAAUCUAAUUUGAAAUCGAUUUCAUCAUUAUUCUAAAUUUAAACAAUGUAAUAUGAAUUUAAGAAAAUAAAAUUAUUAGCAUGCAACCUUGCUUCUUAUUGU